AUGGCCUUUAAUCCAGUUGUCAAGCCUGGUGAAAUUUCCCAUGCCCAAAUUCUGAUGCUUGAGAAGCAGCAAAUGCGAAAGACUAAGCUUGAUAAAAAGCUUAAGUACAUGAUGUACAUCCAUGCUUGGAGAAAAUUGUCGAGCAUUAUCUUUGUUGCCGCAUUUGCUGCUGUUCUUAUAUGUUCACUCAUGGCUGCUGCUAUGGCUACUCCUCCUGUUGCGGCCGCCCUUGCUGCUGCUACUUCCAUCCCUCUGGGAUCAAUGGGGAAGUGGAUUGAUUCUCUUCUGCAUAGCUAUGAAAAUGCUGUCAAAGGACAGAAGGAGAUCAUGAGCUCAAUUCAAGAUAGAAAAUUGCAACGCAGACGCAGCAACAACCCAGACGCAGCAACAAUGCAGCAACGCAGCCUCCCAUCAGCCCAGCAGCCUGCUCCACCCCCAACUCCGCCACCGGCCCCACCUCCAGCACCUCCGCCAAAGCCUCCUCCAGCCCCUCCUCCCACGCCUCCACCUGCUCCACCUCUGGCACCACCACCAAUGCCUCCACCAGCCCCUCCUCCUACUCUCCCGCCUGCUCCACCUCCAACUCAACCAUCAGCCCCACCUCCUGCACCACCACCUACUCCUCCACCAGCACCUCCUCCAACGCCACCACCAGCACCACCACCACUAUCUGCACCUCCUCCAACUCCAACACCACCAUCGGCUCCUUCACCAGCACCUCCUCCAAUGCCACCUCCCGCCACCCCUCUCCUUCCUUUCCCCUUCUCCUCCCCCUUGCCCUUCCCCUCCCUCUUCCCUCGCCCGGCAGUCAAGGCGCACCUCCUCCACAAGCCAGUCAAAAUUUUUUUUUUUUGCAAUUUUCAGCCUUCCCCUCUCCUCCCCCUUCCUGCAAUCUGGUGCGUGGAAAAAUCCCCCUCCCCGGCACUGUCUAGGGCACCGCUUCUGUGA